AUGGUUCCAAUUCCCUCUACUGAACCAGGAACUGCAGGUUUUCUGCCUCCACACUCAUCAAAGUGUUACUCUCAACCAAUGCCAAAAGGUUCUGCACACCCAGAGGGAGCUACUAAUAAUAGUGCCAAAAUUUCCAACUAUCCUAGCAUCAAAAUGUUCAGGGAUAAGAGGUUUGAUUCUUUCAAAACGUGGUCUGGGACAUUAGAGAGACUGUUAACAAUGCUACGCGGAAAGACGCCUGAAGAUUCUACAGAAGAUGGCACCAGCUCGAAGAGGAGCAAUAUUGAUAGGCCUUUACCAGUUGACCGGUAUUUUGAUGCUUUGGAAGGUCCAGAGUUAGAAACUCUUAGGUCUACAGAAGAGAUUAUGCUUCCAGAUGACAGUAGAUGGCCAUUUCUUCUCCGGUUUCAAGUUUCAUCUUUUGGUAUCUUCCUUGGAGCUAGCAGCCCAACCAUUCUCUGGAAAACUUUAGCCACAUGCCCUUCCAAUGAGUUCCUCCACAUAAGCCUCAAACUGAACCUAAUCUUGUGGAUCAUCUCAGUUGCUUUUAUCGCAACCGUUUUCUCCAUCUACACUCUUAAAAUUAUUCUCUACUUCGAGGCGGUUCGUCGCGAGUACUACCACCCAAUCUAUGUCAACUUCUUCUUCGCUCCCUGGAUAGCUCUCUUGUUCUUGGCUAUGGGGGUUCCACCAUCAGUCACCAAAGUCCUUCACCACUCCCUUUGGUACAUUCUAAUGACACCAAUUUUCUGUCUUAAACUUAAGAUCUAUGGGCAGUGGAUGUCUGGGGGCCAAACGAGGCUUUCAAAGGUGGCCAACCCUUCAAAUCAUUUAUCAAUUGUUGGAAACUUUGUGGGGGCUUUAUUUGGAGCUUCUAUAGGCCUAAAAGAAGGGUCUAUCUUCUUCUUUGCUAUUGGUUUGGCUCAUUACACUUUGUUGUUUGUUACUCUCUACCUUAGAAUCAUCUUCAUGAAAAUACUUGGACACACGUCUCCAACCCAUUUAUCCUCACUACGACUUGAGCUAUAA